AUCAGCUGUCCUCCCUUUUCCUUACUAUAAAAACCCAAUCCCACAUAAGCAAAUCCAACUUGAGAGAAAGAGAUAGAGAGAUGGCAUCUAGGCUGCAAAAGAGAAUGACACUGCGUAGAAAGCUUCAUGUUCUGAAAACUCUCACCAACUCCAAAUCUGUCAAAAAGAGCUCUAUAAUCUUCGAUGCUUUUCUCCACAUUUACAAACUCCAACUCAAGCUGGAAGCCAUCAAAAGACAGUACCUUUACCUAAUGAAGCAUAUCCAGGAGGUGAAAGUAGAGAAGGUUGGGGAAGAAUUUCUAGUGAGGGUGACCUGCAAGAAAGGGCAAGAUGUGCUGGUUUCAAUAUUGGAGGCCUUUGAGGAAAUGGGUCUUAAUGUUUUACAGGCUAGGGUUUCUUGCAACUAUUUUCUCAACAUUGAAGCCAUUGUUAAAGCUCAAGACCAAGUAAUUGAUGUGAGAGAGAUUACACAAGCUGUUCAUAAGGCCAUUGGAAAGCAAGAUGGAGAGGGGACACAAAUACUGUAGAGGUUCUUAUUAUUACCUUCAAGUAAUGCUAUGCUUAAUUUCAAAAGAUAUCCUAGAAGAAUGUAGUUGUCACUUUCAUUAUGAAGGUAAAGAGUGAAAGUGUAAAAUGAAAAAUUAGAUGGAUUAGUUUAUUAUGAGCUUAUUGAAUUCGUGUUUAGCCUAAUUCUUUUCUUUGACAUGUGGAGAAUAUAUUUGACUUUGUUUAGAAA